AUGUUUACGUUUGCAGCUCAGCUGGUGAACUUUGUUCAUCGGCUGCUGAGGUGCAGUGGGCAUGAAGGUGAUCGGCCCCGGCUUCUCCCUGGCGUGAGGUAUCCGUUCCGUCCCAUAGCUGAGAGUCCCACGCCGCCCGCAGAGGACCAGGUUGCAGAAAGAAGAACAAGUGGAGACAAGAACCUGUGGAUGUGGAGAAAAGUCCUCGUCGCCUGGAUUCUUCUGAGGGACUCUCAGUGCAACGCCAGGACAAGGGAUAGUAAGCAGGUAGAGGGCAACGCGGAGGAGGCGGCGGCGCUACGGCGCAGGCCAGGCCUCGGGGCUGCUGCACCCAUCCAGACCGCCGCUAUGGUGAAACUGGCCAACCCAGUGUACACCCAAUGGAUCCUAGAGGCCAUCAAGAAAGUGAAGAAGCAGAAGCAGCGACCGUCGGAGGAGCGCAUCUGCAAUGCGGUGUCCAUGUCCCACGGUUUGGACCGUAAAACGGUCCUGGAACAGCUGGAGCUCAGCGUCAAGGAUGGCACCAUACUUAAGGUCACCAACAAGGGGCUCAACUCCUACAAAGACCCCGACAACCCUGGGCGCUUGGCCCUGCCGAAGCCCAAAAGUGGUGGCAGCUCUGCAGGAGGUGCAUCAUCAGGUGGAGGAGGAGGAGGUGGCGGCGGUGGAGGCACCGCCACCACCACCAGCAGCAGCAGCAGCAGUGGAACAUCUCACUCCCAUUCGGGGAAGAAACCAGGACUGGACUGGAACAAGCUGAUCAAGCGGGCGCUGGAGGGGCUCCACGAGCCCGGCGGCUCCGGCUUAAAGAACAUCGAGCGCUUCCUCAAGUGUCAGGCCGACGUGGCGGCCUACCUGUCGGGCAGCGGGUCCAUGGGCCCCGGCCUCUUCCACCAGCAGCUCCGGGUGGCCCUGAAGAGGGCCGUCGCCCACGGCCGCGUGGCCAAGCAGGGCCCGCUCUUCCAGCUCAUCAGCCGCAGCAGCUCCCAGGACGACGGCACCGGCACCGUGUCCCUGGAAUCCCUUCCGCCUGUCCGGCUGCUGCCCCACGAGAAAGACAAGCCCGUGGCCGAGCCCAUCCCCAUCUGCAGCUUCUGUUUGGGGACCAAGGAGCAGAACCGCGAUAAGAAGCCGGAGGAGCUCAUUUCCUGCGCCGACUGCGGCAACAGCGGCCACCCGUCCUGUCUCAAGUUCUCCCCAGAGCUCACGGUGCGAGUCAAGGCUCUGUGGUGGCAGUGCAUCGAAUGCAAGACUUGCAGCAGCUGUCAGGAUCAAGGCAAGAACGCGGACAACAUGUUGUUCUGUGACUCCUGUGACCGGGGCUUCCACAUGGAGUGCUGUGAUCCUCCCCUCACGCGGAUGCCUAAAGGCAUGUGGAUUUGUCAGAUCUGCCAGCCCAGGAAAAAGGGAAAGACGCUCUUACAUGAAAAGGCAGAACAAAUCAAGCGGCGUUACAGUGCCCCACUGGGGCGGCCGAAAAACAGGCCGGGUCGGCCCUUUAAGAAACUGGGGGGGCGAGGCCGGCGGAAGCGCUCCACCUCAGCCCACUCCUCCUCCAGCUCCUCCUGCGAGGGUUACCCCGGCGACGACCGGCUGCUCUUUUCCAUGCGGGGAGACGACGAGCAGUCGCACAGCAGCCUGCGCUUCAACAACAAGACCAAGGGCCUCAUCGACGCCCUCACCAAGUUCUUCACGCCGUCGCCGGAGGGCCGCAAGGCCCGGCAGGAGGUGGUGGACUACUCGCAGCAGUGCCGCAUCCGGAAGAAGAGCAGUCGCAAAGACGGAGACGACAGGGGAGAAAAUCAGGACGGCAGCGACUGGCGUGACGAGGACGAAAAACUGCCCGGCCACGAGAACCUGACGGAAAAAGACAUAGAACUGUUCCGACACAUCCAGGAGCUGGCUCUACAGAAAGUCGGGGUGACGGGCCCUCCAGACCCUCAGAUGCGCUGUCCAUCGGUUAUCGAAUUUGGCAAGUUUGAAAUCCAGACGUGGUAUUCAUCUCCCUACCCGCAGGAGUACAGCAGACUACCCAAGCUUUACUUGUGUGAGUUCUGCUUGCGCUACAUGAAGAGUCGGAGCAUCCUCUACCAGCACAUGAAGAAGUGUAGCUGGUUCCACCCCCCUGCCAACGAGAUCUACAGGAAGGACGACGUCUCCGUGUUUGAGGUGGACGGAAAUGUGAGCACAAUCUACUGUCAGAACCUGUGUCUGUUGGCCAAGCUCUUCCUGGACCACAAGACCCUCUACUAUGACGUGGAGCCCUUCCUUUUCUACGUCCUGACCCAGAACGACAGCAAAGGCUGCCACCUCGUCGGCUACUUCUCCAAGGAGAAACACUGUCAGCAGAAGUACAACGUGUCGUGCAUCAUGAUUCUUCCACAGUACCAGCGCAAAGGCUACGGCCGCUUUCUCAUCGACUUCAGCUACUUACUGUCAAAGCGAGAGGGACAGCCGGGAUCUCCGGAGAAGCCGCUCUCAGACCUGGGCCGGCUGUCCUACAUGGCCUACUGGCGGAGCGUGGUUCUGGAGUGUCUCCACGAGGUCUGCGACCGGCAGAUCAGCAUCCGACAACUCAGCAAACUGACGGGCAUCUGCCCGCAGGACAUCACCUCCACCCUGCACAGCCUGGGCAUGCUGGAGCAGCGGGGGGACAGGCUCGUGUUGGUGCGACGGGAUAAGCUGGUGUCCAAUCACAUGUCCCGACUGAGGGCCCGGCCGCGGCAGCUGGACGUCGACCCCGAAUGCCUCCGCUGGACGCCGGUCAUCGUGACCAACACUGUGGUCUCCGACGCCGACGGAGACGACGACGAGGAGGACGAAGAACCGGCGGAAGACAAUCGCAAAGAGAUUAAAGCGGGUCACAAGGCUCCGCCCGUGUCGUGGCAAAUGAGGCGAGCGGAGACGAGGGAGGAAGAGGAGGACGAUGAGGACGAGGAGGAGCGGAAGGGUUUUCUGGGGUUUCCCAUCAGCCAGAGCUCCCCGUCCGCCGUCCCCGUCCGCUGUCCGCAGCCUGUCCCUGAUGCGCCCCGCCCCCCUCUGCCAACCAACGGAGAGCGAAGGCCCCGGGGCCGCCCGCCCAAGAACUGGCCCUGGGGCAAGGUGAAGAACAGCGCCCGGGUGGGGCGGCCACCCAAGAUCCGGCCCGUGGACGACGAGGACGAGGAGGAGGAGGAGACCCGAGGGGGGAAGCUGGCGGGGUCCUCCACGGGCCCGCCCUCGCUCUUCUCCUUAGACAGGCAGGCGGACGCCGCGGCCUUCCACGCGCUGGACAUGGCCCGCCACCCGCCCAUAGCCCCCAACCGCAGAGGGAGGCCCCCCAGGAAAAAGAGGGGCCCCAAGCCCCGGCUGUCCGAGGGGCCCGGGGAGGGCCUGCCGCAGCUUCCCGUGAUGUCCAGGCUGAGCGAGGGGCUGCCCCUCAGGAAAAGCUGCCUCUUCGAGAGCAGCGGCGACGAGGAGGAGGACGACGACGAGGACGAGGAGGAGGGCAGAGGGUGCUCCCCCCCCAUCCUCACCAAGCCAGCCAUGGGGCUCAAAUGCAAGAAGCCUCUGAAGAGGCCCCGUUUUCGCCAGCGCAGCCAUCCCCAAAGCAGCGUGGUGACCGAGACCAUUUCCGAGACCACCGAGGUGCUGGACGAGCCCUUCGUGGACUCGGACUCAGAGAGGCCGAUGCCCAGGCUGGAGGAGGAGAUGUCGCUGGGCCACCCGCUGCGGCGCUACCCCCCAGCCAGACCCGCCCUGAGGCUGUCCGACCCCGCCGCCAAGAGGGGCCGGCUCGCCACUUUGAGUGACUCAGAGGAAGACGAGCUCACUCCCGUGCUGAAGCCUGCGGCCGCUCUUUCGGCCACAGCCUCGGAGAUGCCGGCGGCCACCCCCGACGCCCCGGUCAAGAAGAAGAAGGGCUGGCCAAAGGGCAAGAGCCGCAAACCGCUGCACUGGAAGAAACGAGGGCCGGGGAAGCCACCCGGCGGGGGUCCCAACCAGCAGGCGGGCGCCGACGGCCAGAGCCGGGACCCGCAGCCCCCCAAAAUCAAAAUGAAGCCGGGCCGCAAGCCCCGGAGCUGGUACCUGCAGCGCGCCCAGGAGGAGGCGGAGCGCCAGCGGCUGCUGCAGCCGGACAAAGAGCCCCAGCUGCUGCCCGCGGGCGAGCACAACGCCAAGGCGGCGAGCCGAGACCCCAAGCCCAAGGACUCGGACGAAGAGGACGACUACUUCACCAAGCCCGUGGAGCAGAAGGUGCCCAAAAGGCGGGGGAGGCCGCCCAAGAACCGCGCGCUCCUCCAGCCGCCGCAGCCCGCCCCCAAGCCCCCCCCGACCUCCGAGCCCGAGGAGGAGGAGGAAGACGAGGAGGAGGAGGAGGACGCGGAGCGAGCCUGGGAGGAGGACAAGCCCAGCCGCCCGCCCUCCCGCCCCCUUCUGUCGCCCUCCUCUUCUUCGUCACACUCGGGGGCCCGGGCCCCGCCGCCCCGGCCCCAGGACGUGGACGUGGGCGACCGGGAGGUAGACGACGACGACGACGAGAGGGAAGAAGAGGAAUGCGGCGGCGGCCCGGGCAGGCGGGCGGCGGCGGCGGCGGCGGCCUCGGGAAGCCGGCGCAGCGAGGAGCACGACGCCGACGACGAGGGCGACGGCCACCUGGAGGACAAAAGCAACGGCGGCAAGAAGAGGAAGGGCCAGGAGUCGGACGAGGAGGAGGAGGACGAAGAGGAGGAGGAGGAGCCCGCCUCGCAGGCCAACUCCCCGCCCGUCAAAGAGGAACCCCAAGGCGCCGAGCCUUUUUUAGACAUGGAGAACAGCGUGACCCGGGACUACGUCAGCAAGCAGGAGGAGGACGAAGAGGAGGAGGAGGCUGAGGAGGAGGGCCCGGACGCCAAGGGCCGGCCCUCCUCGGCCGACCCGCAGCAGGAGGAGCGGCGGCGCCGCGAGCAGGAGGAGUCGGCGGCGGCGGCGGCGGCGGUGGAGACGGUGACGGCCAUGGCGGUGUCCUCGGAGCCCAUGCAGCUGCCGCCGCUGCACCCCGAGGACAAAGACGUCACGCUGCUGAUGGAGCCGCCGCACGCCCACCCGCACGCCGACUUCAAGGAGGAGCUGGGCCACCACCACCACCACCACCCGCACCACCCCCACCACCACCACCCCAACGAGCUGGACCUGGAGACGGUGCAGGCCGUCCAGUCGCUGACCCAGGGCGAGGCGCAGGACGAGGAGGCGGAGCCGCAGCCGCACCACGGCGCCUACCAGGACUGCGAGGAGACGCUGGCCGCCUGCCGGACGCUGCAGAGCUACGGCCACGGGGGCGAGGCCGAGGAGGAGGCGCUGGCCCUGGUGGAGGAGUGCGGCGCCUCGCAGCACAGCAGCCCCCUGCCCACGCCCCCCGUGCCCCCCCUGCCCAGCCAGUCGGUGCGCUCGGUCAACAGUCCGGGCCUGCCCUCGGGCAUGGUGGACGCCGCCCCGGCCGGCCAGAGGGGAGGCACGCCGGGCCCCCCCGGGUCGGCGGGCGGCGCCGGCUACACCCAGAUCACGCCCGAGCACCCCGGCUCCCUGUCGGCCCCCUCCCAGCAGAACAUGGAGACGUCCCCCAUGAUGGACGUGCCCUCGGUGUCGGACCACUCGCAGCAGGUGGUGGACAGCGGCUUCAGCGACCUGGGCAGCAUCGAGAGCACCACCGAGAACUACGACAACCCCAGCAGCUACGACUCCACCAUGGGCGGGGGCAGCAGCGGGGCCGGGAACGGGGCCGGCGUGGUGGCGGGGGCCCCGGCGGCCCCGGCGGCGGCGGCGGGAGCCUCGUCCUCCUCGGCGUCGGCCACGCCGUCCUCGUCCUCGCAGUCCAGCAGCUGCUCCUACGUGCAGGCGCCCAGCCUGUCCUCCUCCUCGGGGGGCGGGGGCUCCCAGCUGGCCAUGGGCAGCUGCAGCCUCAUCCAGCAGGCGGGGCCGGGGCCCAACGGCGGGCCGGGGGCCGGAAACGUGGGCGGCGCCGUGCCGCAGCCGCCCCCGCCCCCGCCGCCCUCCAACACGCCCGGCUGCGCCAUCAAGUCGCCGCAGAGCUGCGGCGUGAUCGAGAGGCCCCCCAGCACCAACCAGCAGCAGCAGCAGCAGGCGCAGCCCCAGAAGAAGGUCCCCCAGCCCCCCCAGCAGCAGGCGGCCAACGCCCAGCCGCCGCCCUCGGCGCCGCCGCCCCCGCAGCAGCAGGCGCUGUCCCAGUGCAGCAUGGGUAACGGCUUCGCCUCCACGCCCAUGAUCAUGGAGAUCCCCGAGAGCGGGGGCGGCGGCGGGGGCCGCGCCCUCUACGAGCGCAUGGGCCAGGACUUUGGCUCGGGGGGCUACCCCCAGCCCUCGGCCACCUUCAGCCUGGCCAAGCUGCAGCAGCUGACCAACACCAUCAUGGACCCCCACGCCAUGCCCUACUCGCACUCGGCCUCCGUCACCUCCUACGCCACCAGCGUGUCGCUCUCCAACCCGGGGCUGGCCCCCUCCCCGCACACGCCCCUCCCGCAGGGCCAGCCCCCCAUGGCCUCGCCGCCCAACCUGGGCUCGCUGCAGCUGCAGUGCAACAUGCCGGCGGGCAACAUCAGCCUGGGCCCGCCGCACACGCAGCGGCUGCAGGGCCAGAUGACCACGGUCAAGGGCCACAUCUCCAUCCGCUCCAAGGCCACGCAGCAGCUGGCGCCCGCCGCGCACCAGCAGCAGCUGUACGGCCGCAGCUCGGGCGCCGUGGCCAUGCAGGGCACGCCGCGCACCCUGGCCGUGCAGCGCGGCAUGAUGCCCAACCUCAUGCCCACGCCGGCGCCCUACAACUCCAUGAACAUGACGCCGCUCAACGCCAUGUCGGCCGGCUACCGCAUGCCGCAGCCCAUGAUGAACAGCGGCUACCACAGCAACCCGGCCUACAUGAACCAGCCGGCGCAGUACCCCAUGCAGAUGCAGAUGGGCAUGAUGGGGGGGCAGGGCUACCCCCAGCAGCCCAUGCAGCCCAAUCACCACGGCAACAUGAUGUACACCGGCCCCUCUCACCACAGCUACGCCGGAGUGCCCAAGCAGUCCCCGUACAUGAGCAGAUGA